UUCGUGUAAAUGCCAUGGGUUGAAUUAGUGAAUCUUUUCCGUGUCAAAUCAUUGCUACCGAAGAUCGGUUUCUCGUUCUUUGUUACCGUUCCUCCCAUUGGCUGCAUCAGCCAGACAUCGUACUUUACAUUACACCACUUCAGAUCACAUCAAAUCAUAUCAAACGAAAGCAGCCACAACACAAACGAAAACAAGAACAAAUACGAAAAAGAAAAAAAACAACAAUCAUCGCAAUGAAAGAGAUACUGCUCAUGCCAUUGCGCCUAACUUUUGUUUGCGUGCUUUUGUUCUUGGGGUUGCUUUCAAAAGUAGCAACUACUGACGCCUUUGCGGUAAUUGGGAGAAAGGGGCGACGCUAUCCGAUUACUACUAUCACUGUAAAAACAAAAUCAACAUACAAUGAUUACGGAAGAAUUUGUACGGAAUUYGGAAGUACGAUUCUAGAACGAAAUCGGAGAGAUACGAAACGGUGGAGCACUCGCUUGUCAAUGUCACAAACUCUCCUCUCGACAACAUCGACGGCGCACGACAAUAAAAGAAACCUGCACCGAGACGAAAAAAUAACCAUCGAGAUCGACGAACGUCUUAGGGAAGAAAAUCCGAUUCAGUAUAUUUCACAAGAGGUGACUUCGAAAAUGGACGCAAACGCAAUCCUGAAGUAAGCUUGUACCUUUCGAAUCAAAGAGAACCAAAACAAAAAGUAAAAGCUUGGAGCAACGGAGCUCUUCCCUCUGUUGGCGACCGUUGCAAGAUUACAUCUCUGACCGAGCUUCUUUUGCUUUUGACUUACUCUAUUCAAAUUUCAACUCAAUGCAAAUUGCGUUGUCUGUGCGUGUCUCCUUCCAUGGCCUUUUAUCCAACGCAAAAUGCUCCAGCACCGGAGUCGUCGUGGCGUUUGCCCUCCUUUCACUGAACCAAAUGGCUACCGUUGACGUGGGCAUGAUGCGGGGCUGGUCGCUGGAGGAAAUCGCCCUCCGCAUUCCCCUGGACAACUGGAAUUCGUACAGCGCUGUGCUGAGCAAGGCUCCAAUCCCCACGAAGGCCGCAACCAGUGCCACCGUCUACGCGAUUGGAGACUUUAUCGCACAGAGGGCGGAGGGCCGAACRAUGGGAGAACUGGACCGACCUCGCCUCGCGAGGUCGCUCCUCGCCGGGCUCCUUGGACACGGACCGAUGAGCCAUUUUUGGUACGAGGCGAGUGAGAAUGUCUUUCAGAAUAUUCUGCAUCUGCCCUCUAACUUCUGGGGAACGGCUGCCAAGAUCGGGAUCGACCAAACGAUCUGGGGGCCUUUCUGGAACAACACCUAYAUCCUGAUGCUUGGAGUGAUGAAGAACGGUAGGGAGACGUCCUUCGAAUCUAUCUGGGCCGAGAUGAAGCGGACGACCAUCCCACUGAUUGUCAGCGGCCUGAAGCUCUGGCCCCUGGCGCAUUGCGUGACGUAUGGCCUAAUCCCGGUCGAGAACCGGUUGUUGUGGGUGGACCUAGUCGAGAUCKUGUGGGUGACCAUUCUGGCCACAACAGCUGCGGCGGUGGAUCCCGAGCCUACGGGUGACGAAACCAAAGCGAGGGUGGAUUGAGUCCAUUGAAUCCCAUCGGAUUCGAUUGGACCCAACAUUGAUUACAGUGGGAUCGAUGCAUAUCCUUGCAACCAGUAGUUCCACGAUACAGAACAAAUUAUUGCUCGGCAACGACAACUGUGCAAGCGUUGCUCUGUAGCUUGUCGGAACAACAAACAUUGCUACUUUACACAACACGGAUUGUGUCUGACUGUUAGAAUACACCAUAGAUGCUAAG